AUGUUCGGCGCUUUUACGUUCCCGUUGAUUUUAUUCACAGUUAUCGUAUUGUUUUUUAAUUCAACCGAAUUCAUCCCGUACCACGGUUCGCAAACAUUUCUUGGUUACGAUUACUGGACGCGCCGGUAUCCGUCCUUGGAUUACUCAGAUUGGAAUGGCUUCUGGAAUAAUCACUACAGUGGUCGGACUCAGUAUAAGCGAGCUUCCUCGGAGACGGCGGUACAAGAAUGCACGGGCUGUCAAUGUGAUGAUUUAAAGCAAGAGCUAAGAUGUUUUGGUAGCCCUGGUAUAUUCAAAAUUUUUAAUUCUCAGCUGAAAGACAUCGAAGAAGAAGCAUUUCACAACUUGACGGAACUUCAAGAAUUAAAUCUGGCCAUGAAUAACCUCAACGAUUUUCCGGACUUGUCCACCAACACAGCCUUGCAAGAGUUAGAUGUAUAUCAGAACAAGAUAAGGCUUUGGCGCCACAAUUACACUGCUUUGCCCAAGAAUUUAGAGAAGAUAAUUCUCAUUGACAACGAGUUUGACUGGAUCCCUGAAAAGUGGUUUGAUCAGCCAAAUUUGAAAUACAUAGCUCUGAGUAAGAACAAGUUAAAACGGUUUCCAGGAGCUGCUUUUAUCAACUGUAGAUCUUUGGAAUACCUAUCCGUUGACUACAACGAAAUAACGUCCAUCACAUCUCCCAAUCUGCAACCAUUUUAUGGAAAUAAUUCUCAGCUUCUACAUUUGAACUUGAGCAAUAAUGCUAUAAGCAGCAUAGCCUCAGAGGCUCUACAGCAUCUGAUUCAUCUGCAAGUUCUGGAAUUACAUGAUAAUGACUUGGAACUUAUUGGUCCGAAGGUUUUCUACAAUAUACCAGAGCUACUGCAUCUAGACCUAUUGGGCAACAAGCUAGAGACCAUCGCUGGACAAGGAUUUAGCCCUGCGUUCCAGGAUCUUCCCAAACUAAAAUGCUUGGUGCUAAUGGGACAGGAUCCCAAAACACGUCACGUGAUGUUUAACUCAUUUGUCAAUCUACCUACGUUGGAAGACUUAUGGCUGAACAACAACGGAUUUCGAACAUUUCCACAUCCAUCACUAUCCUACGAGUUAAGACCUGCUUUAAAGUUUCUGCAUAUGGAAAACAACGAAAUCGAGUCGCUACCAAGUUACGAUAAAGACGACUUCCCGCCUGACUUGGAAAAUCUACAUGCUGUUCUCAAAGCGAAACACAAACCAUUCGAGAACACACCGAACUUGGAAAAACUGUUUCUUCAUUCAAAUCGCAUUCUGCGCAUUGCAGAAGAUGACUUGUGGAUGUUAAGCAAACUGAAUGAACUUUUCUUGAGCGCUAAUAAACUGGUGAAUUCGAGUGUACAUCCGAAUGCUUUUAGGAAUCUCACAAGAUUAACAGUUUUGCAUCUUGAUUGGAACAAGUUUCAUUAUGUUCCUUUUGCAAUUCAAGGGAAAAGCCGACUUCCAUCGAUUGAUAGAUUAGAUUUAAGGGGAAACAGCUUCACAUACAUUCUGAAGGGGACUUUUUCCGAGCUGGACACCAUCAGAUACCUGCAAAUGCAAUACAACAAAAUCGUCACCAUAGAAAAUGGUGCCUUCAAUGGGAAUAUCAAGCAGAUACAUAUGGAGGGAAAUCGCUUUAACUUUAAACAUGAGAAUCAGUUCACAAACCUGACCAAACUGACUCAGUUGGGGUUGAGGAAGAAUCAAAUCAAUGCUAUCCCAGACACAGCCUUUCAUGGACUUACGAGUUUAACUUGGCUUGACCUUGGUGAAAACCAAAUCGGGCGUAUCCUGAAGAUUUCCUUCCGGGACCUUGUCAAUGUGGCCACUUUGGAUUUGGAUCAAAACGAAAUAGCACUCAUUGAAGACGGAACUUUUGCAGGAGUAAAAAAGUUCAGUCGCCUAAAACUCCAAGAUAACCAGCUCACUUCUCUGCCAAAUGGUGGCGACUUUCAUAACAAACAGAUGAAUGACAUAAACUUCUCAAAGAAUAGAAUAACAUCGAUCGCAAACGGAACCUUUGUAAACAUCAGAUGCAUCAGCGGUGGCUGCGGUAAUAGCAGAAGCAGUAGCGGGACCAUAUGGAAAUUCCGAGAAAACGAAAUAGUGUCAAUUGACAGCGGAGCAUUUCAAUCAUUUGAUGGUAGUGCUUGUACUCUAGAAUUUGGAGGGGCCAGCAAGAAAUACAAUUUGCUGAAAAGUGUCGAUUCUGGCGCGUUUGAUAAUGUGCGUGCAUGCUAUAUAGACCUUAGCAACUUAGAGUUGAAAAAGAUUGCUUCUGAAUCUUUCAGGGAUGUUCGUGUUAGCUUUGAUUUAGAAAUGAAUGACAACGAGAUACGAACUGUUGAAGAAAACGCCUUUCUAAGAUUUAACGUCAGACACUUGAUGCUUCAAAACAAUGCUAUCCAAGCAAUCACAGAGAAGAUGUUUGGAGACAGUGGUUCCACAAUAAGAGCAAUACUGGAUCUCUCUCACAACGAAAUCCAAACCCUUCACGAGGAUUCACUUAAAGGAGUCAAAGUCAAUGGGCAAAUACGGCUCAGAAACAACAAGUUAGUUAUGUUUCCAGCAAAGGCUUUGGAGAAACAAGACCCAAGGGUCCUAGAACUGCGCCAUAACCAGAUUCCAUCCAUUCCCGUUGGUUGGUUAGAUCCAUUUCAAAACCUCCGACAUUUGUUUCUACCGGACAACAAUAUUGUUUCCGUGGAGGCUAACGUCUUUAGCAAGCUAAAGAACCUCGAAAUAUUAGAACUUCAAGACAAUAAAAUUAGCGUGAUUGAACCAGGAGCAUUCAAUGGCCUCGACAGUGUGAAAAGAUUAUCUCUAAAAAAUAAUCUUAUAGAGAACAUCGGGCAGGACUGCUUCUCUAAACUUCCCAAUUUACAAACACUUAAUCUUGCAACGAACCCGUUGGCUUGUGACUGUAAUGUUUAUAACUCUCUUACUCCGGUUAUAAACACUCUCACUUCUACAAAAGCUGCUCUCUGCCGAUCACCUUCUCAAGUAGCAGGAGCCAAAUUCUACCCGAAGGGAUCAUAUGAGAGCUUUUAUCGCCAGCGAUUUCUCUGCAAUCCCGUUAACGUAUCAGCAUCAGCCCCUGGUGACUAUCAAUUGAACGUCACGUGGGACAGGCCGCAGGAACUUCACUCGUUUAUCAACUUUACAAAGAACACCACAACACUGAGCACGUGGGAUGCUGUCAAGAUUCAAAGUGUGAAGUAUUCGGUCACUUGUUUAAGUGACGAUGCUCCGACUUUGACGGGCACUUCGACGAAAAAGUUCCUCCUGUUUACUCAAGCGGACGGCGUACGAGCUGGGACCGAUUACACCUGUCAUGUGACUAUGACUGUAUCUGCUCACAAUGGCACUUAUUUAGGAGGGGGUCCCUUGGGAGCCUUGUGGACCAGGACGACACCAAAAAGCGAAAAAGUCUCGAUAACAACAGUAGAGGGCAAAGCUCCGGUGACCAACACGACGGCCAACAAGACUAAUUACCUCUUAGAUGUUACAUUCUAUGACUUCAGAGCUGCUGAUGGUGAUUUCGUUGGGAUCCCUGAUAAUUACCGUGAGAUUUACAACAAUCCAAGAUAUAUUGCGAGCCCAUAUGGCAGCUGGUUAGCCAUAUCUUUUGAUCCAACCAGAGACAGUUUCUCAGACUGGUUUAGAUCCGAGUCAUUAAGAAACCGACAUUACGAGGGAAACUUGGAAUUGAAAAAACAGUGGGAGACAGACUCAAAUGGCAACUCAGUGUUUAGGUAUUUCAACGACAAGUUCUUCCCAGUCGAUGGCCGCGGAUGGGGUGCUGAAGGUCAGCGGGACUGCCACACCAAUGCUCUCAGGAACUAUGGAUUCACAGCUGCGAUUCGUUCAACCUUUAACUUCACGGGUCAAGAAAAUAUGGCUUUUGCAGGUGGUGAAGAGUUGUGGGUUUUCAUUAAUGGUUAUCUGGCAUUACAAGUUUUCCACAAUCCUCUUAACGGGACAAUUCCGUGCGCGACAAUCUAUCUAUCCCCCGCUAAGGAAGGGAAAAGCGAGGUUGUUCCAAAACACGGAGUCAUUGUCGGCGACAAGUGUCAAGAGUCAGGAUAUCUCACACCACAAGCUUUAAAUAUGACAUUAAGAGUAGGCGAGCCUUACCGUCUGGAAGUGUUCGUGGCUGAACGAUUCAAAUGUGACUCCAAUCUCUUUUUUCAAACCAGCGGAGUUCAGUUCAUUCGACGAUGGGAUAUGACUCUUCCUGUUGGUUACAUGUCUGAUAUCAGUGAGAAUCUGCAUGUUGGUGGUUUGGUUCAGGAGUUUCAAGUGUCCGAUGCCUUUUCUGCUGGACCGUACAAGGUGGAAAUUAUGUCCGGAAAUGAGCAACGCAGAUUUGACGUCAAAGAAGGAACGUUCAUCCCACCGUCCCCUCCAACUAUAGCAGAACCUCCUUCGUUUGUAUUAGACAAUGAGACAAUCUACUUAUGUCCAAAUGCAACUGCAAAUGUCACUGUUCGACCUAUCACCAGGGCUCCUCCAGGAAUCGAGACGUUUACUAUAAACAGUUCGACUGCUCAGUUGAUUCUUAACUCCCCAUUGGACUACGAGCAUACAACAAGUUACUUAUUGACCUUGAGAAUCACAGAUACGGGAAAGUUAGAAGAACCCUCUGGAAAUAUCACGAUCAGGGUUUUCGUUUUGGACCACAACGAUCACUGCCCGGUAUUGCCAAAUGUCAAUUACGACCUUAAACCUAUCCCUCCUCUUCAAAGGGCAGCAUUCUUUGUUGCCAUGGCACAAGAUGGAGACAGUGGAACCAACGGACAGAUUACAUACAAGAGAAGUCACAUCCUGGAAGCAAUACCUCGAGUUGAGGCCACGCGGUUUGCAAUCAAGAAUGGCUCGGCAUAUAUUUGGAGUAACAAAACUAUCGAGUGGACCUACAAAUAUUUCAUAUUUGCUGUGGACGGAGGAACUCCAAAACGAGGAGACAGAAUACCGCUGACCAUAACAUUCAAUGCUACGUGCCAAGAAACUGGCGGGAUUUUUGUUAAUGCAACGAGUGGCCAAGUAUUCUUCAGGGCGCCGGGAAUGACGCGAUCAGAGUAUCCAAGAAAUUCAACCACGAAACCGAAGUGCCGACGCUGUAGAACUGGGUACUACUGUGUUGGUGAUGGAACCGAGGAAAAGUGUGGAGUAAAGUCGCCGACGGAAUUUUCGUUUGGAGGAGCAACAAAUUGUAGUUCAUGUUGGGAAGGCUGGUUAUGCCACAACGGUAGUGCGUUACCCUGCCCACCAAACACUUAUGUCAAAUGCAACGAAACGUCGUGUCCAGAAAAGUGCUACCCCUGUGAGCCUGGCACAGUUUGUAAAGCAGGAAGACAGUACGAGUGUCGACCCGGGACAUACAGUGAUGGAACAGGAUUUCCUUGUAAGCUAUGCCCUCCAGGAAGCUACAACAACAAAACGCGGGCAGAAACUUGUUACUGCUGCCCUCCUGGCUACAGCAGCACUUACAUGAAGACAUCCUGUCGAGCGUGCCCUGCUAAUGAAUACGCUGAUCAGGGAAACUUUCCAAAUUGCACACUAUGCAGGUCCUGCUUCACAAAAGAUUCGUGUCCAUGUUUGGGAGACCCUUGCUACCCGUCAGUAGACUGUCACAACGUUGGAAAUGGGUCAUUCGUUUGCGAAUCAUGCCCAGAUGGAUUUGAAGGAGACGGAGAGACGUGCACUGAUAUCAACGAGUGUGUCCUGGCAAACCCAUGUUACAAGCCUAAUGAGUGUGUGAACCUUUCUCCGGGGUACCGCUGCGGAGGAUGUCCAAACGGUUACCGCGGCAAUGCUCCAUCAGGAGUGGGCCUUGAGCACGCGCAGAAGUACAAGCAGAAGUGUGAAGAAAUCGACGAGUGUAGCGAAGGAAUUGACACAUGUGAUCCGAACUCAAACUGUAUUAACACAUUGGGUAGUUUCAAAUGCAGCCCAUGUAAACCAGGAUUUAUUGGGGAUGGUUAUCUUGGCUGUUAUCCCGGUGACCUGUGCACCAGCUCGCAACAUACCUGUCAAGCGAAUGCGCAGUGUACAUCGACUGGAGCAGGAAGAUACAAGUGUACGUGUAAAGGAGGUUUCGCAGGUGAUGGAGAAGAGUGUGAGGUCGAUCCCGAUUUGGAUGACAUUCCCGUCAAAGGAUUGAGUUGUACCUUACCUAACUGCAGAAAGGAUAAUUGUCCAAGUGUACCGAAUACGGGCCAAGAAGACAAUGAUGGUGACACGGACGGUGAUGCUUGUGAUGAAGACGACGAUAACGAUUUGGUUCCUGAUAAUAAGGAUAACUGUGUUUUUGUGGAUAAUCUUGACCAAAUAGACACUGAUAAGGAUGGCGUGGGGGACAAAUGUGAUAACUGUGUGGCUGAUCAUAACCCAGACCAGACAGACACUGACGGGGAUGGUGAUGGAGACGCGUGUGAUGAUGAUCAAGAUGGAGAUGGAAAAUUGAAUCCAAACGACACGUGCCCCAGGUUAAACGCUAUUGGCGACCAUGUUGAUGAUGAUGGGGACGGUGUGGGUAACCUGUGUGACAACUGCCCAAAAAACUACAACGCUUUGCAGAAUGGAAAGCAGCCGGACAGUAACGAGAACGGGUACGGAGAUGUCUGCGAUGGACCUGGAAAAGACAAGGAUGGCGAUGGAGUUCUUGACGAGUUUGACAACUGCCCUGAUUUACCAAAUGGCGAACAAGGAGAUGCAGAGGAUGACAAGAUAGGUGACGCAUGUGAUGACGACCAGGAUAAUGAUGGCAUACCUAACAUACGGGAUAACUGUCCCAUGAUCAGUAAUCCUAACCAAGAACAUCACAAGCUAUCUUAUGAUGACAAAGCUCUUCCUGUGGGCGACGCAUGCGUUGAAGAUUAUGACGGCGAUGGUGUCCCGGAUGUCGAUGACACGUGUCCUCAUGCAAAACAUAUCAGCAAGACAAGCUUCCUCGAUCAUUUCACAGUGGAUUUGUACCCAGGACACAGUGACCCGGUUCCCGAGUGGAGGGUGGCAAAAAUGGGAGUCGAUGUUGAACACCUGACCAACACAAAUCAUCCAGGAAUGCUAAUAUGUUCUACACGUUACGGACCCGUUGAUUACAGUGGAACAAUCUAUGUCAAGGAUCGUGAGGGUUCUGACUAUUUGGGUGUGGUUUUUGGCUAUCAGUCGAAUCGAAAGUUCUAUGUGGUUAUGUGGAGAAGGGAAAACAUUAAUUUUGGCCAAGCUGAUAUCAACGCUGGUAUAAAGGGACUGCAGCUGAAGCUUGUAGACUCGAACACUGGACCAGGCCCAGACUUGGCAAAAGCGUUAUGGUACUCAGGCGAUACUUCAAAUCAGGUAACUCUCUUAUGGGACGAUCCACUUAUGAAAGGAUGGCAGCAUCAGACUCCAUAUGGCUUCCUCGUAACUCACAGACCAUCCAUUGGUCUGAUAAGAGUUCAGAUAAAACAAGGAGACAAGAUUUUAACUGAUUCUGGAAACAUCUAUAACACAGUCCUGACCGGUGGGAGACUGGGCAUGUUUGUCUUUGGUCAACAUGACGUCAUCUGGUCCAGACUUGAAGCUCGUUGUUCAGACAGAAUAAACCAAGCCUUGAUGUUUGACGGCGUCGACGAUCACGUGACUCUACCAUCCAUUCAUACUUUAGGUUUAACAGAUAGCUUCACGAUCAGUGUCUGGGUAAACAUGGCGGCGGACUACCCCAUGACUGUCAUGCCUAUCGUUUGCAGUGAUGAAGGAAUGCUUUGCCUAUACCUUAGAAACAGACGCAUUCAUGGAAACUUAGGAAAAUCUACCGUGGAAGGAAGUGAAGUUAUAGAACCAGAGGAAUGGCAUCAUCUUGCGUUUCGAUUUGAUGCGCAACGACACGAGAUUGAAGUAUUUGUAAAUGGAUCAUCGGUUGGUAAAAAGACUGAUACUACUCCGCACAGCUGGUCUCCCAAUAUUAAGCUUUCUAUUGGACGCGAUCAGAAACACUUCUUAAAUGGAACAAUAGACGAUUUAACCCUUUGGGGAGUAAGAGUCCCUGAUGAUGAGAUCAUAGAGUACAUGAAGCUUGCGGGAUUGACUUGGCCUAUUCACAAGGGACUGGUACGGGCCCACUUCAAUAUGGAGGAUAUUUCCGGUUCGAUUAUCUUAGAUCAGGGAAGCAAUGGUUUCCAUGGUAACCUUGUUGGGAAGCCUUUGUUUGUUCCGAGCACCGUGGAUAAAAAUCGAUUUGUGAUCUCCUUUCCAAACAAUCGACGAAGAAGAAACAUCAGGAGUCCAUUCAUCGCUACUUGGGCGAGGAGACACUCGGAACUUUGAUUUUUUCGUGUUAACUAAGGGCGACUUAUAUGAUAUGCAGACCCAACCGUAUCCAACAACUUCCUGAGUCCUUGACAGAAGUAAUUUAAGGGCCAAUCCAUGUGCUGACGAUAUAUUUAUUCAAGAGAAACAACAAUGCUAAGAAUGUCUCAGUGAAUCAAUGAAAAACAGACCCUCAUUGAGCAUGACAAAAAAUGUGAAACUUUCACCGAGAGUGUUGUUUUAAUAUCUUUUGAGGACUAUUUAUUUUAUCUUGCCUGUUUACUUUUUAAAAUUGGCACGUCUGAGUCUGUGUAAAUCGAGUUAGACAUGGGAGGGAGGGGGUACUUUGGAGGUCACAAGAGAAGCGUAAGCUUUUCUGAAGUUUUAUAUGAUAUCCGAGUUGCGUUCAAUACUCAAAAGCGUGAUAUAAUUUCUUUUGAAAUAAACCAGCAUCGACUUGGUUCUGGAAA